CAGCUGACGGACGGUGAACUGUCAAACUAUAUCGAUGUAUCGAUAAUAACAGCCGGUAUUAUCGAUGUGUGUAAAUAAACUUUCUCAAUCAAAUAUGCGAUUAUUUUGUAAUUUAUAGCAUCGAAUCCAAGUAAGCAGUACAGAUAUAUCGCCGACGAUAGGGUAUUAAAUCGUGCGCCUCAAAAUAAUCUCUGAUGUCGAGGAGGAAACAGCUGACGGACAACAAUGCGUUGCCGUGCGAGAUGAUUUGUCCACCACCGGAGGAAUUGAGCGUGAUAAACAACAAUGUCAAGUGUGAACAGUGCAGCCUCGUCUUCGCGAACGUAUCGCGUUAUCGGUUGCACAAUCUCAAGGUGCACCAGCGUAAGAAAUUGGAUAAAAUCGCGAAGGAGAACGUGCGCUACCACUGUCCAGUACAGUCAUGUGUCUACGCUGUCAAUUCUCAGAGAUACUUUAGCACCAUGAAGUACCUAAAGCAACAUUAUCUGAAAGUUCAUGCGGAAAAAAAUUACUUAUGCGAUCGCUGCAGUAAAAGUUUCUCCACCGAAUCCAUCAAGGAAGGACACAUGAGGGUCUGUGGCAUAGAGUUCAAGUGUUCUUGCUCAAAGAUUUAUACUACGUACGAAGCUCUGCUUACGCAUGCAAAGCGAUCCUUGCAUACUAUAACAGAGAAAUAUAAAAAUUCAUUAAAACAUAAGUCCAAAACGAUACAACUUGUUCUAUCGAGAAAAAUUGUAAGCAAACCUGUUGCAAUCCUACCUAAUCUGGAUAAAUCUGAGAAAGAUGGCAAAAAUAUAGGUACCACAGCGAAAAGCACCUCUGACAUCGGCGUACAAACGGAUGAUUACAAGAGAAGCAGAAAGAUACCAAGUCCAUCGAAACUCAAUAAUAAUAACUCGCAUUGUAAUGCGAGACGUCGAAUAUCCAAGCAAACGCAGACUAAUAACUUAACUAAGGAAAGAGGUUGAAAAUCAAUGGAAACUCAAACUACGCAGGCGUCGCAAGCAAACAAAGACUCAUCGAAGGUGUAUAAUCUCGGAAAGAAAUAUCGUCGCGCAUUGUCGAAACAAUCGGAACACAUGUUGCUUAAGGAAGACCUCAAUCUCGGCGACAACUUUACAUCAACGAAUUUAUUCCCGGCUAGUCCGCUGCCUCUUUGCCACGAUGUGGGUUUGCAAGAUUUUUGGGAGAAAAAUACGUCUGGCACACAAACGAUACCGGAGAAAGACAUGUUCGAGGCAUUUAACGAUAACGUAACUCAAACGGAAUUCGAGACACUCUACGAGCAUAGCCAUAAUCCUUUAAUACAGUGUGUAUCGAAGAGCACUGUGGCGCUGAUGACAUUGCCUUAUGCCGAGGACGCGUCGACAGUCGUCGAGGGAUAUCCUUUCGCUUCGACCGACGGUAUAUCUCGAACGGAUCCUAUGUUGACCGCGAAGACGUUCGACGAUAGAUUUAGCAGCAUAGAGACGCAAACCGAACAAGCCUUUUCGCCUUCGUACUUUUAUUCCGACUCUUUAUCGAGAUCAUUCACGUUAAGUUCGAAUAUCGAGACUCAAACUACAGAUAACUUGGAUAACAUGGAGCAAUUGUUGUAUAGUAAUACAUGCACUCAGACUUGCAACGACAUGCUGUCCUCUGAUCUGGGACUGUCGAAUAUACAAACUCAGACCGCUUGGUCGCACGACGACACAACAGUUUCUACCGAGACCCAAACAAAAUCUUUGAUUUGCGGGACUGGUUGUAACAUUUCCAUAGGAGCCUGCAGAUGGCUAAACACGCAAACAAGUCACACUGAGACACAAACCGAUAUACUUAGUAUUUUUGAAGAAUUUCAAUAAUUAUGUUAUUAAUACUUAGCUUUUAUUGCUCAACUUUCUUCUUUUGGCAUUUGAUUUUUAUAGAAUUUUUAUCUCUGCUACUUCUUUUCUCAGAUGUACAUUAUAAGUACAAAAUUAUUGAAAUAAUUUUGGCGAUUCAUUAAUUUAUUAUAUGCUUCAUUGUUAUAUAUCUCACACUCUUUUCAUUGUUUUGCUACAAAAAAAAAUAUAUGUUGAAAUAUUCAUUUUUAAUUUAAUUUUCUUAUGUUUAAUAAUUAAGAUUUAAUGUUGAGAAAGAAAGCUCUCGGGUUUUCUGGAUUUUCUUAUGAAACGAUCUAGCAAUCAUACUAUAUAUAUAUAUAUCUUAACUUUUUUAUUUGAAGCUUAUUUUUAUGUAAAAUGCCAAAUAAAAAAGUUAACAAAGCAAGUAUUAUAAAUGAUUUUGAUCUGCAAUUGUACAUAUGUGUAUUGUUAUUCAACUCUUUUUAAUACCAAAGUACAUAUAUACGCAUUUCGCACACAUCUGAACAUACUUUGCAUGUGCAUCUACACACGCAGUAUCGAUUAAAAAUAAAUAUCGUACUGGAAAUAUAUACAUGUCAUUGUAUAAUCUGUAACUUAUCGAUAAAUUUAUGGUCUAUCAGAAUCAGACUACCUGUA